AUGGCGCAUUUGGGUAAUAUAGCAGCAUUUGACAAAUUCGAGGACUUUGAAGAUUAUGUCGAAAGGUUUGAUCAGUUCUGCUUAGCAAAUGACAUAACAGAGGAAGAUAAGAAACGGGCAGUUUUCUUGAGCGCCGUCGGCGCUCCUACAUAUGGACUUCUGAAGACAUUGCUUGCCCCUAAUAAGCCCUCAUCAAGGACUUAUCGAGAACUUACUGAGCUUUUGAAAAAUCACCUCCACCCAAAACCCAUCCUGAUAGCUGAACGUUUCAAGUUUUACAAUAGGAAACAACGUCCAGGAGAAUCCAUCACUGAUUAUGCAACGGAGCAACGGAAAUUGGCGGAAACAUGUCAGUUUGGUGCUUUUCAAGAGGAAGUUUUAAGAGACUUGUUUGUUAUUGGAUUGGCCAACCGCUCGGCACAGAGGAAACUAUUAAGUGAACAGGAGCUUGACUUAAAGAAAGCAUUUUCGAUUGCUUUAAGUCAGGAAAUGGCUGAUGAAAACGUCACGAAGAUUCAGGGUCAAACUCAGGAGGUAAAAAAAGUUGUUGGGCCGAAAGCUUCUCUCCUUGAGUGUUACCGUUGCGGGAAGACAAACCAUAAGGCUGAUGUUUGUUUCCAUAAGGAUACUGAGUGUAAUGGGUGUCAUAAAAAAGGACACCUUCGUAGAAUGUGCCGAAUGGAAAAUCACACCACAGUCAAUCGAAAUUGGAAAUAUGGAAGACAAGGAAGGAAACGAUCGACGGUCAACAUGGCAGAGGAGGAGACCAGCUGCUCGAAAGAAGAAACUACAGAGUGCAAACUACAGGAUGAAUUGGUGCAUACAUUGAAAUACUGUGUUAAGAAAAUGAAAGCAAGACAUAAUAAGGUUCCAGAGAUAAUAGUGAAAGUUAAAUUAAAUGGGAUACCAAUUGAUAUGGAAUUGGACACGGGAGCUUCGGUGUCACUGAUAAGUGAAGAGUUCUACACUAAACAUCUGAAAAAUACAGUACUUCAAUCCAGCGAUAUUGUGCUGAAAACCAUGACGGGAGAAAAAAUAGAAGUCGUCGGAAUAUGCUAUGUAACUAUGGAAGUUCAUGGACACAGAGUGGAGGAAGUGCCAUUGUAUGUGGUACAGGGGAAUGGACCUGCCUUAUUCGGUAGGGACUGGCUGCAUUUUGCGAAAUUUGACUGGAAAAAGUUUGCUGUAAAUCAUCUGCAUUCUGGUAUUCUGAAAACCUCAAAGUUAGAAGAACUGUUAAGGAAAUAUGGUGAUGUCUUUGAUGGUGAACUGGGUACAGCCAAGAAUAUAAAGGCUCAUAUUCGUGUGAGAAAGGAUGCAAAACCAAUCUUUUAUAAAGCGAGGACAGUUCCUUAUGCAAUCAGGGAUGCUGUGAAUGCAGAACUUAAAAGACUAGAAUUGGAAGGAAUUAUUGAGAAAGUUGACUAUAGUGAGUGGGCGGCACCGAUAGUGCCCGUUUCAAAAGACAAUGGUUCUAUUAGGAUCUGUGGUGACUUCAAGGUCACCAUAAAUCGUUAUGUGGAAAACCCUGAACAUCCAAUGCCAAAUCCAGAUGAACUAUACCAGCGACUGAACGGUGGAAAAACUUUCUCAAAGUUAGAUUUAUCGCAAGCUUAUCAGCAAGUGGAAUUAGAUGAGGAAUCUAGGAAAUAUGUGACGAUUAACACACCACUUGGUUUGUACCGAUAUACACGUUUACCAUAUGGUGUCUCAGCAGCACCACAACUUUUUCAGUCUUUAAUGGAUAAAGUUCUGCAAGGAGUGCCUUGUGGAUGCAACAUAGAUGAUAUUAGUCUUACUGGGAGAACCGAAGCUGAACAUUUACACAAUCUUGAAAAGGUACUUGAGCGGUUGCACAUCAAUGGGUUGAAAUGUAAUUUGUCGAAAUGUGAAUUUAUGAAGCCCUCCUUGAAAUAUUUGAGUUUCAUUGUAGAUGAAGAGGGUAUUCAUAUGACGGAGGAUGCCAUUGCAGCAGUCACGGAGGCACCAAGGCCAGAAUCAAGGUCUGAAAUGCAAUCCUUCCUGGGGCUGGUAAACCAUUACCGUCGCUAUGUGCCAAAUCUCUCAUCAGUCGCAGCGCCUCUCACGGAAUUACUGCAUAAAGACAGAAAAUGGCAUUGGUCACUAGAGUGUGAAAGAGCUUUUACAGAGAUUAAAAAAAUGCUGACCACUGAAACAGGAGUAUUAGUGCACUAUGAUUUGAGUAAACCUGUGACGUUGGCAGUAGAUGCAUCACCCAAAGGACUUGGAGCAGUGCUUUCCCAUAUCACCAGUAACGGAGAAAGACCAAUUGCUUAUGCAUCAAGAAUGUUAACACCCACUGAACGUAACUAUUCCCAAAUUGAGCGUGAGGGAUUGGCAAUCAUCUUUGGACUCCGGAAGUUUCAUCAAUAUUUAUAUGGUCGUAAAUUCACCCUUAUUACAGAUAACAAACCACUGUCAUACAUUCUGGGACCCAAGAAGGGCAUUCCAGUCCUUGCAGCUGCAAGAAUACAACGCUGGGCUAUACAGUUAGCAGCUUAUGAUUAUGACAUUGAAUUACGUCGUUCAAGUGACAAUGGAAAUGCUGAUGCACUCUCACGGUUGCCUUUACCAGAUUGUGACUCUGAUGCAUCAGAUAAGCAUGUAAACUGGACACAAGAAGCAACUGCAUUUAACAUGCACCAGGUGAACUCUCUUCCUGUAACUGCGAAAUCUGUUGCAAGGGAAACUUUGCAUGAUGCUGUACUGGCUAGAGCUUUAUAUUAUACACGAAAUGAAUGGCCAGAAGUACACCCAAUGAAAUCAGUUACAACUAUGAAUACCAUCGAGAUCAUGCGGCGGGUAUUUGCUCAGCAUGGGGUUUGUGUAGAGCUCGUGUCUGAUAAUGGAAGACAGUUUGUGGCUGAGGAAUUUAAAGAGUUCAUGACCCAAAAUGGUGUAAAGCAUAUACUGAUACCCGCUUAUCACCCAAGCAGUAAUGGGCAGGCCGAAAAUACAGUAAGAACAUUCAAACAAGGAAUGAAAAGGGCGAUGAGAACAUUACAAUCGUGUAAUACAUCUUUAAAUACCAAGUUGUGCCAAUUUCUACUGACUUACCGAACUACACCUCACUGUACAACAAAACGCACGCCUGCAGAGCUCAUGGGUCGGCAGUUACGCACACGCCUUGAUUUACUACACCCAGAUGCAUCUCAGCGAAUUGAAAGAAAAGCCUCAGAGAACGAGAAACCAAUGAGGGAACUCGAUAUAGGGGACGUGGUACUGGUUCGGGAUUAUCGUCAAAAUACCAAGAAGGGCAUAUGGACUCGAGGAGUUGUGGUUCUUAAAUUGGGUCCAUGCACAUACAAUGUACAAGUGGACGGUAACUUAAUAUGGAAGAGGCAUAUUGAUCAAAUGAGACUGAUCUCCCAUGAUUCUCAAGAUAACAAAAAUGAACUUUUAGCACGUGAUUCUUCAGAGUUGGUCAGCUAUCCAGACCCGCCAUUACCAAAAGAGUUCAUAAAUACUCGUGAAGAGUUAGGCGAUGCAGUUGCAGGUGCAGAGAAGAAUGAAUUCCCAAAUGUAGAAGAAAAGGAGGCGGCAGCUGCAGAAGAACUAUCGGGAAAUGAAAAUGGUAAAACUUCUGAUGGCUCACCUGAUAGAUCGAUAUCUGAAUUACCAAAACUUCGAAGGUCUACCAGACAAAGUAGACCACCUGACUAUUUUAGAAUGUAA